ACGAAACUUCUUUUAAAAACAUUAAAAAUCUUAGUGGUUUCAAACUUUUGGACUGUACUGUAUGACUGUCCUUACCAAUCAAAAUUCGUGUUCAUUUAAAUGCAAUGUGUGGAGUUUAUUUUCAUUUAACAAAACUCAUUUUUCUAUUAACACCUACACCUACCCUUAGUGAUUUAUAGUGCAUAUACACUUUAUGAUCACAUGCAUUCCCUUGGAUCGAACCCACGAUUGCAUGAUCGCAUGAUUGCAUAGUUAUUGCAAUACUCUGCCAAUUGAGCUACGCUAAACCCAAAAUAUGAUGCAGAUAAAAGGGAACAAUGCAUUAAAAUGAAAGUGUUCUGUUGUCGAUACAGGUGCAACUUUAGUAAAUGCUCCUAUGGGUCAUAUUUCAGGGAAGUGACAAACGACCUAUAUGGUUGUAUUGGUUGGAGAACAUGUUGGAGAACGCAAUUCAUGAUACAUGUAUCCACAACAAAUGACCUGUUUUAUGCAGCCAACUGACAUGAACACCAAAAAUUAGUAAUGCAAAAAUUGUUUGGACAAGGAUUUGUGCUUUGGGUGUGUGGUGAUAAGGAACAUAAUUUAUUUAUGUUUUGUAAAAGUCUCACAGAGACACCUACUUCCAAUCCUCAUCAGUUAAUCGAUGUUGGGGUUUUACACACAUUAUGAUUAAGAAUGACUAAUUAUAAUUAAUACAAUUAAUCAUGUAUCUUUCUUGAGUUCAGGUUAGUUUCUUCAGAUACACACAGUUUUAUUUAUUGGUUUUACUUAUUAUAAACAAAUGAAGAAUGAAUCACGUAAUUUUAGUCUGAUGCAUUUCCUGGUGGAUAAACAUUCAUUUAAUAAUUUUAAGGGAUGUUACAAGCUGAUUUGGCCUAAAGGCUGGCCGUUUUAGGGUGAGGCAGCAUUUAUUAGACUGACACACAUAACCAUCGCUUCAUUCACCUCGGACAGACGGACACACUGAAGCUUCAUCGUUUCUACAGAUUACUCUAGCUUGUGAAAAUGGAGGCUUUGUCUGCAGCAAACACUCAGUUCUCCCUCAACCUGUUCAAGAAGAUCAGCAGAGUAAACGCAUCAGGAAAUGUGUUCUACUCUCCUGUCAGCAUCUCCUCAGCUCUGGCCAUGGUGUCGCUCGGUGCAAGAGGAAACACAGCAGCUCAGAUGAUUCAGGUCUUGGGCUUUAAAAAUCCUCAUCAUUCAGAGGACCAAAUUCAUUCCAGCUUCAACAAGUUUAUGAGUGAGCUGAACAAACCAGGAGUCCCGUAUGUGUUGAGUGUUGCCAACCGCCUCUAUGGAGAGCAAUCCUACCAGUUUGUUGAGAAAUUCCUCAAUGAUGCAAAAAGAUACUAUGAAGCCGGACUGGAGAAGGUGGACUUCAAGACCAAAUCAGAGGCUGCUCGUGUCACCAUCAACAAAUGGGUGGAGAAAAAAACACAAGAGAAGAUCAAGGACUUGCUGCCACCAAGAAGCGUCGAUGGAUCGACCAAACUGGUUUUGGUGAACGCCAUCUACUUCAAGGGGAACUGGGAGAAGAAAUUCCCAAAGGAAGCCACCAGAGAUGCGCAGUUUAAGAUGAACAAGAUUCAAACUAAACCAGUGAAGAUGAUGCAUCAAGAGGAAAAGUUUCCUCUGGCCUUCAUCCCAGAGAUGAACAGUCAGGUUCUGGAGCUGCCAUAUGUUGGGAAGAAUCUCAGUAUGUUGAUCAUCCUUCCUAACGAGAUGGAAGACGACACCACUGGCCUUCAGAAGCUCGAAAAGGCAGUGACCUACGAGAAGCUCAUGGAGUGGACCAAACCCAGCAAGAUGAAUCUAGAGAAAGUUCAAGUCUCUCUGCCCAAAUUUAAGAUUGAGGUAACCUAUGACGACAUGAAGAGUCUUCUGAUCAGCAUGGGAAUGGAGGACGUUUUUGACCCGUUGAAGGUGAAUCUUUCAGGCAUGUCCUCCAACAACGACCUGGUGCUGUCGAAGGUGAUUCAUAAAGCCUUUGUUGAAGUCAACGAGGAAGGAACCGAAGCGUCUGCAGCCACUGCCAUCGUCGGUGUGGGAAUAACCUCAUUACCCUCACCCCCAAAAACCUUUACUGCAGACCACCCGUUCCUGUUCUUCAUCCGGCAUAAUCCCUCCAAAGCCAUUCUGUUCUAUGGACGCUUGAGUUCUCCUUGAAGAUAGUGAUGAUAAAGUGAUCAUUCUAGAUGAC